AUGUCUAGCGUUAAGUCGUCCAAGCCGGUUUUUCCUGAAAAUGCAGGGUCAAAAGAAUACGCGGCGUCGCUUGACGCAGCAGACCCGUUGGCAUCAUUCCGUGAAAAGUUCAUUAUCCCUUCAAAGGCAAACGUCAAUAGCAAGAAGCUUGCGAAGCCAGGUCUCUCAUCAGACCCAUGCAUUUACUUCUGUGGCAACUCUCUAGGUAUUCAGCCAAAGGCCACAGCAAAAUACCUGGAAGCACAGUUGGACACUUGGUCAUCAAUUGGUGUAUCUGGUCAUUUUGUAGAGCUCGAGGGCUCUCCUCUGAAAUCAUGGCAAUUGCUUUCCGAACAAGCCGCAGCAUCGAUGAGUAAGAUUGUCGGAGCACAAGCAGAUGAGGUUGCAGCAAUGGGAACCCUAACUGCAAACCUUCAUCUCUUGCUUGCAAGCUUCUAUAAGCCGACUCCAACAAAGCAUAAGAUUCUGUUAGAUUGGAAGGCUUUCCCCAGCGAUCAUUAUGCGAUCGAAUCUCAUCUGGCCUGGCACGAUCUUGACCCGAAGCAAUCCAUGGUUCUCAUUGGUCCUGACGAGGGCGAGUAUGAGAUCUCCACAGAAAAGAUCUUGUCUUACAUUGACGAGCAUGCUGAAAGUGCAGCUCUUAUUCUUUUGCCAGGAAUCCAAUACUACACUGGGCAGCUUUUCGACAUCCAAAAGAUCACAGCCUAUGCACAGUCACGAAAUCUUACUGUUGGGUGGGAUUUAGCGCAUGCGUACGGCAACGCUGAGCCGAUCCCCGGAGCAGGUGGUUGGCAACUUUCGAAUCCUUCGGCUAUUGAUCUUGCAUCCCUCUGCGCCUCGUUGUCCGUUUUUGACGAGACAUCUAUGGCUGAGCUGCGCAAGAAGUCCGUUAUGCUAACGGCGUACUUGGAGCAUCUCUUGCUAAAAGAUACCACUGAUGAAACACGUCCUUUCCGCAUUAUCACGCCACUAGACCCCGAGGCAAGAGGGGCUCAACUCAGUCUACUACUAAAGCCCGGCUUGUUGCAGAACGUCUCCCAGAAAUUGCAAGAAGGGGGCAUAGUUUGUGACAAGAGAGAGCCAGGUGUUGUCCGCGUUGCCCCUACUCCCCUGUACAACACCUUCACCGACGUAUGGAAGUUUGUGAGUUAUUUCAAGGCUGCACUGGACGAACCAGUACUGAAGAAUUGA